GCAGGUCUGUAUGCCUUUCCCUUGCAAUGUCCUAAGAGCACCCAGAAAACUGCCGUCCUGCCUCGGCUCCAUCCUUGCUUGAGCAUGGGGGUCAUACCUUACGGGUUCCAUCUGGCCACACGUGGUCAGGGCCCCAGAGGCCAGCAAACAUGUCUGGGCUCGGGGAGCGGCAGAGAUGUGUCUGUCUCUAGCCACAUCCAUGUGUCUGUUUUCCCUUCCUCCCAGGUUCUUAUCCAUGGAGAGGCCAUACACGGUCUUGCACGUGAGCCUGUACCACCCCUCGCUGGGCCCCCACCACACCUCUGCUGGCAUUCCAUCGCAGCUGCAGCAUGACACCAGUCCACUGCUGGUGGGGCGAGGGCAGGAUGCCCACCUGCAGCUGCGGCUCCCCCAGCUCUCCCGCCGACACCUGUCUCUGGAGCCCUACCUGGAGAGGGGCAGCGCUGUGCUGGCCUUCUGCCUCAAGGUGCUCAGCCGCAGGAGCCGCGUGUGGGUGAAUGGGAUGCCGCUGAGGUUCCUGGAGCAGGUGUCGCUGAGUCCUGGCAGCAGGGUCUUCUUCUGCGGCGUCCAGAUGCUGGUGCAUGUGGAGGGUGGCCCCUGCCUGGAGGCCUUCGUCUGCUGCUUCCAUCUUAGCCCUUCGCCCCUGAUAGGCAGUCCCCAGGCUGAGGAGACUGACGAGCACGAAACCUUCCACCAGGAGCAGCCUCCCCCAGGGUCAGGGACCACAGGUUCCCUGGACUUUCCCCAUGGCACUUCUCAGACUGCAGAUGAUCGUCUCCAGGAGCCAAGAUUCAGCCCUGGAGGGAGCCCUGGGACUCCGCCCUCUGCUAGCCACACCAUGGAGAGCAAGGCUUGA